AGACUGAUAUCUGAAAAUCAGUAUCUAUAAUAGAAAAACUAUUUUUAAGCAGGAAAGAUAAAAUUCUCGAGAUCUAAAAGUUGCUCUCUUCUAUCUUAACAGAUAAUCGUCAGAAUGAAUAUGAAUAUCUUCAGAACGAAAAUGAAGCCUGUGUUGUAUUUGUGUUUGUUUCUUCUUGGACUUCAAGUCCAGGGUCAGUAUAGUAGGUCCAACCUCAAUGAUGAACAGCAGGAACAAAACAUGCCCCAUUCCCCAGAAGAACAUUCCCAGGCUGAAGGUGAAAACUUGGCUCAUGUCAGGAUAGCUCCCAGCAAUGCUGACUUCGCGUUUAGGUUUUACAAGCAGGUCAGAGAGGAGGCAGGCAACAAGAACAUUUUUUUCUCUCCUUUGAGCAUCUCCACUGCCUUUGCAAUGCUCUCCCUGGGGGCCAGAUCAAACACACUCAUUCAGCUGCACGAAGGCCUCGCCUUCAACCUGACAGAGGUGGAGGAGCGGGAAAUCCAUGAGGGAUUUCAGCAUCUCCUCCAGCUGCUGAAUGACCCACACCAAGAAGUCCAGGUGACCAUAGGCAAUGCCCUCUUCAUAGACAACCAACUGAAACUGCUCCAAAAAUUUUUGGAUGAUGUCACAAACUUUUAUUACUCUGAAGUUAUUUCUAGUAACUUCCAGAAUUCUGCAGAUGCUACAAAGGAAAUAAAUAAGUACAUAGAAAUAAAAACCCAUGGGAAAAUUGUUGAUUUACUCAAGAGUCUUGAUCUGGACACCAUGAUGGUUUUGGUUAACUGCAUUUUCUUUAAAGGCUACUGGGAAAAACCUUUCAACAAUUUGGCGACCAGAGAUGAUGUCUUCUUGUUGGAUACCAAGAAUUCUGUUAAGGUCAAAAUGAUGCAUGCAUAUAAAUACUUUAAUAUCCAUAGAGAUGAGAAGUUGUCUUGCUGGGUAGUAGAAAUCCCGUACAAAGGAAAAGCUACUGCAUUGUUUGUUCUGCCUGAUGAAGGGGCAAUGAAGCAGGUGGAGGAUGCUCUGCUAAAAGAAACAGUAUCUAAUUGGAUGCAAUCACUUAAAAAAAGAAUCAUCUACCUGGACCUUCCAAAAUUUACCAUCUCUGGCUCCUAUGAUGUUAAGAGCCUUUUUGAGAAAAUGGGUGUGACAGAAGUGUUCAGUGACCAGGCUGAUCUCUCUGCAGUGGCAGGAAAAAGUCUUUUGAAGGUUUCUAAAGCAAUUCACAAGGCCAUGGUAGCUGUUAGCGAGAACGGCACAGAGGCUGCUGUAGUGACUGUGAUAGAAAUGGUAACAACAUCUGCAUUUGCAGAGUUUUCUCUUCCUCCUCACAUCACAUUCAACAGGCCUUUCCUGAUUAUGAUUUUUGACAAAACCACCAACAGCAUCCUCUUCGUGGGGAAAAUUGUGAACCCAGCUGCCAUAGAAGACUAGGCCAGAGCACUUGCACUCCCAGUGCAAAGAAGAUCGUGUGUGCACAUCUCAGGGACUUCUUUGCAAAAAGUGACUAGAAUUGGUCCCUAAUCAACAAAUAAAUAAAUGUAACAUGAAGUGUUCUUCACUUAGAAGCAGACAGCUGGGGACAAGCGUAAGUGGGCCAUGUUUCAAAAUGUCCCAGGCCAAAUAGGCAGCCAUGGGAUCUUCAGCAAACCUUUCCCUACCUCACCUACUCAUCACUGGUGCCACACAGUCCCUUGCAUGCAGAUAAACCUUCCUAUUCCUGUCUGAGAAACUCCCUAUGUCUCCCAUUUCCUGCAUGUCAAGUCCUCAGUACAGAAACCACAAAUCUAUAGCCCUUCUGCUGAGAAACCAUCCUUUUCCUCCCUCUCAUUCCACUGUGAAUCCCUGGAGAAGUCUCUUUCCUCUUCAAAGCCCUUCCAGGGCUCAGUGACUGAGAGUGGAAAAAGAAACUUCUGAUGCUUCUGAGUAAAUAACUUCCAGCUAAUGAUGUUGCCCUCCACCUGCUUCUGCAAGUUAGGCUGAUGAGUGCUUCCAAGAGGUUCCUCUCCAUUAGAUGAUGUUUGGGGUGCAGCAAGGUGACUCGGACAUCUUCCUGAGCACUGAAUAGACAGAAGGUGGUGUUACUACCAGCACAAUGUGAACUGAGAGCUGUGCUGUGGCAGAUUAAUUUCAUUUAUUUACAAUUAAAAAUAGAGUAGGAUAGUAAUAAAGACAUAAUUAAAAACACCUUCCUCCCACCCCUCCCUUCUUCCCUGGCUCAAUUUUAUUCCUAACUCCUCAACCUCCUCCCCCUGAGUGAUGCAGGGGAAUAGGGAAUGGGGGUUGUGGUCAUUUUAUAACACUUAAUC